AUGGAGAAGCAAGGCGUGGUGCAGAGGUCGGCUAGGUCGACGACCUCGUCGCCUUCGGGCGACAAGGACAUGAUGUCGUACAACGAUAUGGACCUCGAGGGAUCGCGCAUUCGCGGUAUCGAAACGUCGGCGGAGACGUCUCUACAUCGCGGUCUUAAAGCCCGUCACAUUACUAUGAUUGCUAUCGGCGGUGCUAUCGGAACAGGUCUCAUCAUCGGAACCGGUAAGGCUCUCGCGCAAGCCGGCCCGGGCUCUAUCUUCAUCUCGUACACUCUCGUCGGCGGGAUCGUCUACCUGGUCAUGACCGCUCUUGGCGAGAUGGCUGCUUGGCUCCCCAUGUCUGCUGGUUUCACUGGUUACGCUUCUCGGUUCUGCGAUCCCUCGCUCGGUUUUGCCCUCGGUUGGACUUACUGGAUAAAAUACAUCAUCGUCACGCCUAAUCAGCUUACAGCCGCGGCUCUGGUUAUACAGUUCUGGCUGCCUCGAGAGCAAGUCAACCCGGGUGUCUGGAUUGCCAUAUUCCUUGUCGCCAUCAUUUUUAUCAACUAUUUCGGUAUCCAAUUCUUUGGUGAAUUCGAAUUCUGGCUGUCGAGUUUCAAAGUCGUCGUUAUCAUCGGCGUUAUCCUUCUAUCUCUCAUCAUUGCUUGCGGCGGCGCAGACGGUGACCCGAGGGGGUUCCGCUACUGGAGGGAUCCUGGUGCUUUCGUUCCUUACAUCGCGACAGGCUCCUGGGGCCAGUUCCUCGGAUUCUGGUCUACUAUGGUCACUGCUACUUUCGCCUAUCUGAGUACUGAGUUGGUCGGCGUGACGGUUGGCGAGGCCCAGAACCCGCGCAAGACUAUCCCUCGCGCCAUCAAGCUCACUUUCUACCGAAUUGUCAUCUUCUACUGCGUCAGCAUUCUUUUGAUCGGUAUGUGCGUGCCCUAUAACGCCAAAGAGCUUGUCUUCGCCGUCAACCCGGAUAAGGAUCCCAACAAGAAGGCCGGUGCCAAUACCUCCAACGCCAGCGCCUCUCCGUUCGUCGUCGCCAUCAAACUCGCCCAUAUCCCGGCCCUCGACCACAUCCUCAACGCCUGCAUUCUCCUGUUCGUCUUCUCCGCCGCCAACUCCGAUUUGUACAUUGCCAGCCGAACCCUCUAUGGCCUGUCCUCGGACGGCGCGGCCCCCUCCAUCUUCAGAAGGACCAACCGCAAGGGUGUACCCCUAUACACCCUCUUCACCUCUGCGGCGUUCGGCCUCCUCGCUUUCUUGAACGUCUCGGACGACUCCAAGCAGGUCUUCUCCUACUUCGUCAACCUGACCACUAUCUUCGGCCUCUUGACGUGGAUCUCGAUUCUAGUCACGCACAUCUGGUUCGUGCGGGCUCGCCGCGCGCAGAACUUGACCAACGACAUGUUGCCGUACUCGGCGCCGCUGGGUGUGUGGGGCUCAUACGUGGCGCUGUUCAUGUGCAUCCUAAUCGCGCUGACCAAGAACUUCGACGUGUUCACGGGCGACUGGAACACCAAGUACGCCAGUUUCAUCACGGGCUACCUGGGCAUCCCCAUCUACUUGAUCCUCAUCUUCGGACACAAGGCCUGGACCAAGAGCAAGGGCGUCCGUCCUCACGAGUGCGACUUCUACACCGGCAAGGACAUCAUCGACCGCGAGGAAGAGGAGUUCCUCGCUGCCGAGGCGGCUAAGCGCGCGGCGACGCCUGAGACUAGACAGGGCCUGGCGCGCUUCUACAGGCGCUUUGUUUCUUGGCUGUUCUAG